AAUGAAAUUUAUUUUUUGUGUUGGUUGAUGCAACUGUGGCAUAACAAAAUAGUGGAGGAUAAAGUGAGAUAAUCGGCAGUCAGGAUCUGGGCAUGGAAAAUAAUGUUACUGAGGAAGUCCGAAACCAGGAAGACGUGGAAAGCGGUUACAAUGACGGAGAGUCGGAAAAAGAGCAGGGAGAGCCUCAGAAACACGCAGAACUAAGUGGUGAACACUCUGAACCCUCUGUACACAAGGGAGGUGAAACUGAAGGAAACGACGAACCAAAAGAAGAUCACCAAGAGGCUAGAGAAAAGGAAGAAGACAAAAAGGACGACAACUUCCCAGAAGCCUCAGGGCGAGAAUCUCCAAAGGCACCACUGGCCACAUUUGAUGAUGACAGCGAUCUUGACGAGUUCACAGACAUACUGCAAGAAACAAAUCUGUGAGAGGCAGCGCUGCUUUCUCUAGUCCUUCUCUAUAUAACUACCGUAAGGCUAGUAUAUCAGUAUUAAAAUAGUGUGACGUUUUCUGUGGUUCUCUAUUUUAAGGAUUUGGUUUUAACUUAACCAUCGUUAAUUAGAGUUUUUGGUUUGUCUAUAAAUGCAUGGGGUGAUGAUGAACUACGUUACUGCCGGCAUCAAAAAAGUGCUUAUUUCUCAGUACUUCACAUGAAUAUCCGAGCACGUUUCUUAAAUUUUGGUACGAGUAUAAUUAAUAUAGAGCGAAUGUUAGAUGAUAAUGAUGCCUCUGUAUGGGAUGUCAUUCUCGGUGAGAAACAAGUAUACGGAGUUGGCUUUUCUAAAAUUAGUCAUUUAAGAGAUCAUGCGCACAAUUUAUUUAACUUUAUUUAAUUUUCAGAAGCUAAGCUUUGUUUUGUUACCAGCCAACAACACUGCAACAACGAGAGAUCUCUAUACCUUUUAAUGAUCGUUAAUUUUUAUUUAAGUGACUUUGAAUGUAUGAAAAACGUAAAUGUGAGCUACGUAGUAACAAAUGAAUAUGAGUUAUCUUCACAGAAAUAAACUCUGAACAAUGUCAAAAUAAAGCAUAUAUAUAUAUAUUAAAGCUUGAACGGGAGUUGAAGCCAUGACCAUCUUUGAUACCGGCGCAGUGCUCUACCAAUUGAGCAAACAGGCCAACUAAGAGCCGGUCAAUUUUCUGGUUCGUAAUAAACUCGUUAAGUCAAGAAUAAGUGACUGUGAAUAUGUGAAAAUCAUGAAUGUGAACUGUGGAUUGAUAAAUGAAUAUGAAAGUAAUCUAAUUCAGCAAAUUAUUUAAAAGCUGGCUUCGUUAUAUAAC